AUGACACAAUCUUGUUGCUGUAGUCAUUCAUCGAAGGGAAACUCCCACAGGAAAAGGCAUAAAGCUGCUCAGGGAAGGCGAAGAGGCUGCUCAGUGCUAGGCAGCCAAAGCCGGGGUUCGAUUCACACAGAGCUAAGCAUGAGCACCAGCCAAGGCCCUUUCCAGUUUUUUUCUGGGUCCCUCAGGGGUAGUUCAGGGUGUGGUUUGGCCCAGCAAGGAACUUCUUACAGAGCGUCAAGUGCAGAUGGUGGUGCCAGCAGCACACAUCCCUCCUUCUCCUCCGCCAGACCCCUCUGGCUGCCUGCAGGAGGGGCACCCUGGGCAGGCUUCGGCGAGCACCAUGGGGAAAGCAUCUUCCUGGGGGGCAAUGAGAAACAGACCAUGCAGAACCUGAAUGAGCGCUUGGCUGCCUACCUGGACAAGGUGCGAGCCUUAGAAGCAGCCAACGCUCAGCUGGAGAGCUGCAUCCUAGAGUGGCACAGGACAAAGUCUCAUGGAAAGAGGCAUGACUUCAACCAGUACGAGCAAAACGUCACUGACAUGCAAAGACAGAUUGAGGAUGGCAAGAUCACCAAUGCCAGUAUCCUUUUACAAAUCGAUAACGCUAACAUGGCUUCUGAAGACUUCAGGCUCAAAUACGAAGCGGAGAAGUGUCGCAGGCAGGGAGUGCAGCUGGAUGUGGAGAACCUGCGGAAGGAGCUCGACGGCCUGACCAUUAUUAACACAGACCUGGAAAUGGAAAUCGAGGGCUUGAGAGAAGAGCACAUCCUCAGGAGGAAGGACCACGAGGAGGAUAUGCAGGCAAAUCGCUCCUCACAAGACUUCAAAGUCAACGUCAAAGUAAACGCGGCCCCUCCUGAGGACUUAGGCAAGAUUCUGGCAGAAAUAAGAGAAGAUUAUGAGGCCAUAAUCGAAAAGAAUCGUCAGAGCCUGGACAACUGGUACAAAGAACAGAGCUCAGUCACGUCCCUGGCAGCAACCCCCAACCCCGAGGAGAUCCAGCGCAACGAGAACGAGAUCAAGGAGCUCACACGGACCUUGCAGGCCCUGGACAUCGAGCUGCAGGCACAGAUAAGUAAGAAACACAUGCUGGAAGACACCUUGGCCGACACUCGGAAUUACUACGCUGCCGCGCUCCAAAACAUGCAGCAGAUCAUCUCCAGGUGUGAGGAGGAGCUGAGCCAGGUUCGUCACGACAUGAAGCAGCAAAAUAACCAAUACAAGGUUCUUCUUGGGAUCAAAACCCGCCUGGAGAAGGAAAUUUCCACGUACCGCCUGCUGCUGGAAGGGAACGCUGACGGGACAGCAAGAAAAUCUGAAGCUAAAGAACACGCCGGGCUGAGCAAACGGAAGCUCAAAGCCAUUGUCCACGACAGCGUGAACGGGGAGGUGGUUUCCUCCACCAUCAACGAGAUCCCCCCACAAGCCUGAAGGAAGGUCCUGCCAAGCAGUGGCUCUCCCAGCAGCAGCUCCCCCAGCCCCCCGGAACAGUGUGCUGUGAGCCAGCUCCCCGUGUGUGGGACAGGGACACUGCAGUGAACUCGCCCCUAACAUGAUCUGCAGCCUAACCCUGCAAAGUGCCACACGGAGCUGGGUAUAGCUGAUAUUGGUAGUUUAAAGAGCUUUUAGUCACGCAGACGCUGAAGAGAAGCUGAUCAGCGUCAGCAGCUGGCUGAGCUGGUGACAGAUGUAUCGUGCACAUCUCCCCGGGG